CGACAAGACGGCGCGGAAGCGGACCGAGGACAAGAGCAAUAGCAUCUGUAUUUUAGAGUGAUCUCCGACGGAAGACCAAAAAGAUGUGGCAGGCGCUAAUAAUUCCACUGCUGCUGGCCCACAAUGCCAUGGCCGCCUGCAAUGAAUGUCAAAGUGAAAGCAAUGUGGCUUGUCACAGCGAAACCACCUUCUCCGUUUGCUACGAUGGAGUGCCUACGUAUAAACUCCUGCCUUGUCCCGAUGGUUUCUAUUGCACCGAUGGCUUUUACACUUGCUACCGCGGUGCCAGUCCAGUAUGUGAGUCAACCACAACGACGCCACCGACUACAACUACGACAACCGAAGCUCCUUGGAAUGCCGAGGACUUGUGCAAUGCAGCCACUAAGAGUACAUUUUUCGAAAACAAAGAUGAUCCCACCUGUACAACUUAUAUAUCCUGUUCGGUGAGCAAUACCGGUGUCCAUUCAGUGAAGAUCACGACAUGCAAGGAGAACCUUUACUUUGAUGCAAGCCUAAAAAUUUGCGGACCCACGAAGCCAGAUGGAUGCCUCGAGGCAGAAACGACAACCACAACAACGACCACGUCAACUACAACAACGACUACAACAGCUUUACCCUGGAGCAAGGAGGCUACUUGCGCGGAUAUUACCGUCACAACCUUGUUUACCAACGAAGACGAUCCCACUUGCACUACCUACGUAUAUUGUUAUAUUAGCAGCGGUGUCAUCAAGGCUUUGAUAAAGUCUUGCAAGGCAAACCAAUAUUUUGACUCCUCUGAAAGAGUCUGUGUCAGUACCAAACCCGAUUAUUGUACAUAAACCAGCAAAUUCUGAUGAAUUUCGAAAUACAUCAUAAAAUGAUUUGCCAAUAAAAUCACUAAUAAUAAAAACCACAAUCAUUUAUUGCAUCCCCAUUAAGUUCAAAGAUAAGCAGUACUUGGGAGAACCUCCUCCGAUAUAAAAGCCCAUUU